AUGCCGCUUACUUUGUUAGAAAUUCAAAUCGAAUGCUUCCUGAUCCUGGCAUGGUAGAUUCAUUAUCAUCAAAUUAAUUACUCAUACCUACCUUGAUAUCGUGUUUGAAAUUUGUCAUGAUUUGGGUAACCUGUUAUUUGUUUGAUUGACACUAUCGUCGUGUUUUGAGAGCUUUGUUGUUGUCUGCAGCUCAUCAAUUAAUUUCUACCGGGAUCCGGAUCGCUUUUAAAUCGAGCACCUGGCUGGAUUCUCUCUCGGGCCAUGGCCAUGCAUAACCCCCAACUUCACCGGGGAAAGCGGCGUGGAGACUGCCAGGAAUUCGCCGAUCUUGGCUACCACAACGGCAAUUCAAGUGAUUUCAACAGUAAUGGAAAAGAUGUUCCCGUCUUCAUUGCUGAAGCUAAACGACGAUGCUUGGAACCUACACCAUUUGCGGAAUGGAACAGGGUACCAGACAUUGUCUCUAAUGGGUAUCACCAUCAAAAGCAUCAGGAUCAGCCAUGUCUUUCAUACAUGUAUACCGAUAUGCAGACAGCUCUUCCUGACGCCCAUAUGGAUUUUUCCAUGGAACAACUGCACGGUGCAAUCACAUCAAAUGGACAUGCUAAUGGUUCCGAACACAAUCAUCACGACAACAAUUUCCACCAUCAGCAAGGAGGGCAGCAGGUUGAUUUGAACGGAGGUGGUGAGCCUGCUAGUGCUACACCAGUGAUAUCCAAUGGUUACUAUGGUUACAUAGCAAAUUACGAGCAUGCAGGAGGCGAUGUUGAGGAGGAUUCUAUGGAUACAGGGCUUACUGUGCAGGCAGAGUACGCUAUCGAUGGACCCUCUUCAUGCAUUGAACCCAAGGAGAGAAGAGUAUGUGUCAGAUGCAGUGCAGGGGAACCGAUCUGAUUAGAUGGUGAUUUAGUGCUGACUAGGUAAAAGCAUACUUCAUAGGUUCAAUUUAGUUACCUUCAUGUUUAAACCUCUUUUUUAAAUGUUUAUUAACCUAUCCAUUCCAUUCUUUGUUAAUACAUGUAUUCAGAGAGAUUGUUCUGUUGGGUAUUUUUCUGACAUUAGUUGGAGAGUGGUGUCGCCUGUUAUGUUUGUGUUAAUCACUUUUAAACUGAAAUAUUUGUUGGAAAUGUUUUGACAGUUUUUAUGUUGUGAGUAAUACAUGUUAUUCAUUUUCAUAUAUAUUG